GGUAGAGCUACAGCACGGGGGCGCUCUCUGUCUCUCAGAUCUGCGGUCUUUAAUUUAUCUUCCUUCUCAUACUAACUCGCUCUCUCAACUCGUUUUUCUAUCGAGUUUUAACUCGAAUAUUUUACUGUGUGAACUCUCUCUGCAAUCACAAUAUGUGCUGUGUAUGUUUCUCUGCAUUUACUGGUUGUCUGUGUGCAUUUGAUGGAUAAUGCGCGGAGUGAGGAAAAUGCCUAUUUCUGUCUUGUGCAUUGAGGUAAUCGAUCACGAAAAUGAUGGUUUGAAAGCGAGUUUGGCCUGAGCUCCGGUUUGCCGGUGGAAUUUUAGUCGGCGGACGGGAUGUUCAGGUCCGCGAGGUGGAGGAGCGAGAAGAACAAGAUCAAAUGUGUGUUCAAGUUGCAGUUUCAUGCCACUCAGGUGUCACAGUUAGCUGCAGAUGCUUUGAUGAUAUCCGUCGUGCCUAUGGAUGUGGGGAAGCCAACUGUGAGAUCAGAGAAGGUUGCUGUACAAGAACAAUGCUGUCGGUGGGCAAAUCCGGUUUAUGAAACUGUGAAAUUCUUUCAGGACCCAAAGACAGGGAAGAUCAAUGAGAAACCAUACCGCUUUAUGGUCUCAACGGGAUCAUCCAAAGGUGGUUUCGUUGGGGAAGUUUCAAUUGAUUUUGCUGAUUAUGCUGAGGCAACUAAAGUUUCCACUCUCUCUCUUCCUCUUAAGAAUUCCAAAUCCAAUAUAGUUUUCCAUAUAUCAAUCCAGAGGCUGCAGGAAAAUGUUGAUCCGAGAGAGGUCAAGGAUUGUGAAGAUACAAUAAGUAUGCCCCUGGAUAAGAGCCUGAGGACCCAACUAAGCUCCGGUGAUUCAGAUGAAAAUGUCAAGAAUGACUUUAUUGAAGAUGUGCCACUUACGAAUACCACUCAUCAUGUGGAAGUAAAUGGUGACCACAGAACAUCCAGUGGAUCUGACAUCACAAUGUCAAGUUCAGAAAGCAGCUCAGAUCUUGAAACGCUAAGGGAAUUUGAAACUAGAAACAAUAACAACAAUCAAAAUUCAACUAUGGUCUUAUCAUCACUGAACCAUGCCUCCAUUCCUCAAAAAGCAGCAACAAAUGCUCCAAACAAAUUCUUUGAGGAGAAUCAGAGAACACAGUGGGAGUGGUCUGGGGGUUCUGAUCUUGGAAUGAGUACAGACGAAUCUACCAAUGGUUCUCAAGACAACAUUCCAAGAGAAAGAUCUCAACCGGCUUCAGAAUUUGAAGUUGAAAGGCUCAACUCCGAACUUGUUGCUUUGGCUAGGCAGGUUGAUGUGUCAGAGUUGGAAUUACAGACUCUGCGGAAACAAGUUGUAAAAGAAACCAAAAAAGGGCAGGAUCUCACAAGGGAAGUAACUAUCUUGAAGGAGGAGAGAGAUGCUUUCAAACGAGAAUGUGAGAAAUUCAAGUCCUUUCAGAAGCGCACAGAAGGGGCACAGAGUAAAAAUAAGUUACAGUUUGAGGGUGGGGAUCCAAGGGCCAUCCUAGAUGAGGUCAGACAAGAAUUGAAUUAUGAGAAAGACCUAAAUGCCAAUCUUCGUUUACAACUACAAAAGACGCAGGAAUCAAAUGCUGAGUUAAUUCUUGCUGUACAAGACCUAGAAGAUAUGUUGGAGCAGAAGAACAUGCAGUCACACAAUGUUGCUAAGAGAUUAGGAUCCUGUGAGAACACGGAAGAGCUUAGCGGAACCGGCUCAAGGAGCGAAACUGAUGAUGACGAAGAGCAAAAGGCACUGGAAGAGGUAGUUAGGGGACACAGAGAUGCCAAGGAAACAUUUCAGCUGGAACAAAAGGUUAUGGACCUCCAAAGCAAAACACAGAUUAACAAGAGAGAUAACAAGGAUGAACUAGAGAUGCAGAUGGAGCAGCUUGCCCUUGACUAUGAGAUACUGAAGCAGGAGAAUCAUGAUCUCGCAUAUAAGUUAGAGCAAAGCGAGCUGCAGGAACAACUGAAGUUUCAGUAUGAAUGCUCAUCCUCAUUUGCUAAUGUAAUUGAACUUGAAGCACAGAUUGAAAAGUUGGAAAAUGAACUCAAAAGGCAGUCACAACAAUCCUCCAACUCUUUGGCGACCAUAAGUGAACUGGAAUCCCAUAUAGAGAGCUUGGAGGAAGAAAUGGAGAAGCAAGCACAAGGAUUUGAAGCUGAUCUAGAAGCUGUUACCAAUACAAAAGUUGAGCAGGAGCAAAGAGCCAUCAGAGCAGAGGAAGCUUUGCGGACGGCAAAGUGGAACAAUGCUAAUACUGCUGAGAGGUUGCAGGAGGAGUUUAAAAAGCUCUCUGUUCAAAUGGCCUCAAGCUUUGAUGCAAAUGAGAAAGUGGCCAUGAAAGCACUGGCUGAAGCUAGUGAACUUCGUUUGCAGAAAACUACAUUUCAAGAAAUGCUCCAGAAAGCUAAUGAAGAGCUUCAGUUGGUUAGGGAUGUCUAUGAGGCAAAAUUGUGUGAUCUUUCUAACCAACUAAAUGCCAAAAAAAAUCAUUUAGAACAGAUGAUGUUGGAAAUAGAUGACAAGUCCAAAGAGCUUGAACAUCAAAGGAAGCAUGAGGAAGACAUUGGCGGGGCUUUCUCUAAAGAGAUCCUAGGACUAAAGGCUGAAAUUGAAACGCUUGCAAAAGUGAAUGCUAUCCUUUCCGAAAAAGCAGACCAGACUGAAAGUUUGAGGGCUGAACUGAAACAAAUGAAGGCAUCGAUUGAUGAGGCUGAGAUGCUGGUGCAAAGAGGUAAUGUGGAGAGAAAUGAACUGUCGAGUACAAUUGCAUUGGCACAUAAGGAAGCAGAUAUUUCACUGGAGGAAUUAAAUCGGAUGAAAUCUAUCAAAGUUGAAAGGGAGAAAGAAGUUGAACACUUACGAUCAGAGCUUGAGACAUUUAAAUCACAGUGUAACGUUUUAAAGCAUUCUUUGUUUGAGGAUGAGACAGAGAAGGAAAAACUCAGAAAGCAGGUAUUCCAAUUAAAGGGAGACCUUAAGAAGAAGGAAGAUGCUUUUAACAGUAUUGAGAAGAAACUCAAGGAUUUUAACAGGCGUACGACAAAUGCUGAUGCAACAAAAAUUACUUCAAGAAACAACAAAUCAUCUCCAGUCUCUAAUGGCUCUAAAGAGGUGGCAAAUCUGAGGGAGAAAAUGAAAUUGCUCGAGGGACAGAUAAAGUUGAAGGAAAAUGCUUUAGAGGCAUCCGUAAAUUCGUUUUUGGAGAAGGAAAGGGUUCUUUUAAACAAAAUUGAAGAGCUAGAAAGCAGAGUGGAUGAACUCAGGCACAGCAGUACAGAAUUAUGUGCCUAUGAAGUUCAAAAGGGAGCCGAAGAGUUAGCUAGCGUUAGCUUGAAUGAUGCUACCACUGAAGAAGUUAGGACGACAGAUGAAUAUCUAAACAGCACAGCAUGCAAGUCAGGAGAAAAUGGGAAUGCUGAAACAUCAAUUAAUGGUGAUGACCAUCUUUCAGCAAAGCCAGAAAUGAAUGUCUAUGCUUCCGAUAAUAGAGAUUGCAACGUUAAUGAGUUAUUAACGGAAUUAGUAUCGCUGAAGGAGAGAAACAACACAGUGGAAAGUGAACUCAAGGAGAUGCAACAAAUAUACUCAGAAAUAAGUUUGAAGUUUGCAGAAGUAGAAGGUGAAAGACAACUGCUUGUGAUGACUGUACGUAACCUCAAAAACUCCAUGAAGAACUCAUAAUUGUUUCUUGAUAUACCUUGUAUAGUUGAAGUAGCUUGGUGUGUUCCCACAGCAAAUGUAGAUUGGACAGUCCCCUGAGUUUCAAUAAAUUAAUUUGUACAAAACUAAUAGAUAUAUCAAGAAAUGGCAAUGUAAGUUAGUUGUCUUUGUUAUGCAGGUCAUGUUUUUCUUGUAAUUUUCAUGGUGGUUGUAAUUUUGAAUCAAUAUAUUCUUUUGUUAUGAGUGACC